AUGGUCCCCACCUGGAGGCAGACGUAUCCUCUCGGUAGCCUCUGGUUUGACCACAACACCAAGAAGUCUGACGAGGGGGAGACAUUAGGACAGACCCCCAGCCCUGCUCAGUGGGCGAUUUUGGGCUGUGUCCAUGCUCACACCUCGUGUGACUUCAUCAGCUAUACCCUGGACAACGAUGUCCUCACCACAGAGCAAAGGCAGUUCUACGAAGACAAUGGGUAUCUGCUCAUUAAGAAGCUCAUUUCUGAUGAAGACGUUGAGUGCUUCAGGAAAGACUUUGUGAGGAUCUGUAACAGGGAGGUGAAUCCACCGGGAGUUCUGACAAUGAGAGACGAGAUCCACAGACCCAGCUUCGUUUGGUCUUCUAAAGUACAUGAUUUCCAGGAAGCUGAAGAGCUGUUCAGAUACUGUACUGGGCCAGAGAUCUUAAAAUAUGUUGAAUACUUCACAGGGCCAAAUUUAAUGGCCAUGCGGAUGAUGAUGAUAAAUAAAUUUCCAGAUCCUGCUAAGCAGAGUAACCUGAGUUCUCACCACCCCAUGCACCAGGACUUGCACUAUUUCCCCUUCCGGCCUGCGGCCCUCAUCGUGUGCUCCUGGACCGCCGUGGAGAGGGCCGACCGGGACAACGGCCGCCUGGUCGUGCAGCCAGGGAUGCACAGAGCCCUGAAGCCUCAUGGCUAUCCAAAGUGGGAGGUAGAGCAGCACGGGGGUCUGAUGAUCAAAUUUUUCCCUGGGCUGCUGGAUUAUGAUGAGAAGAGUCCCAGAGUUCACAUUGUCAUGGAGAAGGGCAACACGGUUUUCUUGCAUCCCCUGCUCGUUCAUGGCUCCGGAGCAAACAAGACAUCAGGUUUCCCAAAGAGUAUAAGCUGUCACUUUGCCAGUUCAGAGUGCUACUACACUGAUGUUAAGAACACAAUCCAAGAGCACCUGGAGAAAGAAGUGAUUGAAUUUGGACAUGCAAAAUAUAAAGUGACUUUGCUUCAAAUGCAGGGUGUUUGGAAGAAGCGAGCAAAGGUUGUGCAAGAAAAAAGAAUUAAUCUUUAA